ACAACAACCACAAUACCCUGCGCCGUAGCGCGCAUGCGCCCAACCAGUGUCGACCCCAGCCAUCUAUUAUGCUUCUUCGCAAUAAAAGCUACCCGAAAAUCUGCAAGGAAAACGCUACCGGAGCCGGUUGGAGUGAAAGUAAUAAACGUGCGGACACCCAGGUCCUGAGAUGGGAUGUGUGUGUCGAGGUGGGACUAAGGAGCAGCAAGAGGAUCAUUGUAACUGAGCUAAGAGACGUACAGACGUCAUUCAAGCAACUUCUUCCCCUAAACUGAGCAGAAUGUCUGUAGUCACAUCCCCUGCCCAGGUGCCUCCACCUAUUGUGAACCCUCCCCCUCCUGAGGUCACGAACCCUGGUAAGCCUGGCCGAAAAACCAACCAGCUACAAUACAUGCAGAAUGUGGUUGUGAAGACUCUAUGGAAGCAUCAGUUUGCGUGGCCCUUUUACACACCUGUGGAUGCCAUCAAAUUGAAUCUGCCAGACUACCAUAAAAUUAUCAAGAAUCCAAUGGACAUGGGAACCAUAAAGAAGCGACUUGAGAAUAACUACUAUUGGACUGCUGGAGAAUGCAUGCAGGAUUUUAACACUAUGUUCACAAACUGUUAUAUCUAUAACAAGCCCACAGAUGACAUUGUCCUCAUGGCUCAAGCCUUGGAAAAGGUUUUCCUCCAAAAAGUAGCUCAGAUGCCCCAGGAGGAGGUGGAACUUUUACCCCCACCACCGAAGGGUAAAGCACGGAAACCUGGAGCACCCCCUGCUUCAGAAAUCCAACAAUCAAUAGCACUGACUACUGGCUCCCCAUCCUCGUCAUGUCCGAGCUCCCCUCCUCAGCCGGCUCCGACUCCUGUAAUAGCUGCGACUCCAGUCUCGACCAUCACCUCCAAUGUCCAAGCUGUUCCCCCUGCCGCGUCCAUGAUCCCAACUGCACAGCCAGUUGUCAAAAAGAAAGGGGUGAAGCGGAAAGCAGACACUACCACACCCACAACCUGCGCGAUCACUGCCAGCAGAAGUGAGUCGCCCACUGCGAUGUUGGAGUCCAAACAUAGUAAAGUCAUUUCCAGACGAGAGAGCACUGGUCGACCCAUUAAACCUCCCAAAAAGGACCUGGAGGAUGGGGAUGUCCAACAACAAGGCAACAAGAAAAACAAGCUCAAUGAUCAUCUCAAAUACUGUGACACUAUCCUUAAAGAGAUGCUUUCCAAGAAGCAUGCGGCCUACGCCUGGCCCUUCUACAAGCCUGUAGAUGCAGAAGCCCUCGAGCUGCAUGAUUAUCACGAAAUCAUCAAGCAACCAAUGGACCUCAGCACUGUCAAAAAAAAGAUGGACAGUCGAGAAUACCAAGACGGCCAAAGUUUCGCAGCAGAUAUUCGGUUAAUGUUCUCAAAUUGUUACAAAUACAACCCACCCGAUCACGAGGUCGUUGCCAUGGCAAGAAAACUCCAGGAUGUGUUUGAGAUGAAAUUCGCCAAGAUGCCCGAUGAACCCGCAGAGCCGUCCUCGCCCAGUGCGGUAUCAGCCACGGCGGUGGUGAGCAAGAGCACCGGCAGCAGCGAGAGCAGCGCCGACUCUUCCAGUUCCAGCUCCGACUCGGAGGAGGAACGGGCCACUCGGCUGGCUGAGCUGCAGGAACAGCAAUUCGCUGUGGAGCACCCCAAUGGUAACAGGGCGGGGACAAAAAACGGGUGUGCCAAACAUUUUCAGCUGAAGGCUGUUCAUGAACAGCUAGCCGCUCUGUCACAGGGUCCUGUGAGCAAACCAAAGAAAAAGAAAGAGAAGAAAGAAAAGGAGAAAAAGAAAAAAGACAAAGAGAAGGACAAAGACAAAACCAAGGUGAAGGUGGAAGAUGACAAAAAGGCCAAGUCCUCACAACCGAAUAAGCAAACUCCGCAGAAGAAGACCUCUGCGCGGAAACCCAACAGCACAUCCACCACGAGGCAACAGAAAAAGGGGGGCAAACCUGGCUCUGCAAACUACGAGUCUGAUGAGGAGGAGUCUCUUCCCAUGUCUUAUGAUGAGAAACGGCAGCUCAGCCUGGAUAUCAACCGUCUGCCGGGUGAAAAACUGGGCCGCGUGGUCCACAUCAUCCAGUCGCGUGAGCCCUCGCUGCGAGACUCCAACCCAGACGAGAUCGAGAUUGACUUUGAAACGCUCAAGCCUUCCACGUUGCGUGAGCUCGAACGAUACGUCAAGUCGUGUUUACAGAAAAAGCAACGCAAACCUUUACCGGGCACUGGGAAAAAGAGUGCCAAGUCUAAAGAGGAACUGGUACAGGAAAAGAAGAAAGAGUUAGAAAAGAGGCUACAGGACGUGAGCGGACAACUGAACAACAACAAGAAACCACCUAAAAAAGCAGAGAAGGCGGGGUCAGCUCAGGGGGGCGGGCCAUCUCGGCUGAGUGGCAGCAGCAGUUCUUCAGAUUCGGGCAGCUCCAGCUCCAGUGGCUCCAGCUCCGAGAGCAGUGACUCAGACUGAACUCCAAUCGGCGCGUCACAUACUUCAACCUCCUCUAUUUUCUAACCAGUAGUGUGUGUUGUCAUGAUAGUAUCUGUCUGAAGGCCCAUUUUAUAAAGAACUAGACGCAUUGCAGAAGGCAGAGGAUAUUUUAAAAUAGUUUGUAGGAUGCUCUUGGCUCAGACAAAGAGGAGAGUUGGAAUAGUUCAAGUGAUUUUAAGGUUCUCGCUGGCCCUCAAAGGGAAACGCCUGGUAUCACCAGAGGAAAAAAAAGACAAAAAAAAAAAAAGAUAUUUUUUUGAAAAUACGUCAAUUGUGGAGGUGAAACGGUUGUCUGUAUCCGUUGUUUGUUUAUUUUUUUUUUCAUCUUUUUUAGGUUGCUGCUCGUUAGAUCCAUAUUGGAAACAUGCAUUACUUAAAAAAACUGACAAAUGCCUGGCUGUAUUUUACUGAUCGAGUAGCUAUACAAAGUCUGAAGGAACAAACAAUGAAUUAUCGGCUCUCAUUCUGGUGUGGUUCUGUCAUGUUGGCAUGACUUUUCAGCUCAUUCCACAUUUCUUUUACUGACUUUGAUAAUACUUGUCAUUGUAACCAUUUUUAAGAGUUUUUUUUUUAUUUUUAUUUUUUUUUAUCCAGCAAGGCACAAAGUUAUGUGUUUUUCAGCAGAAAUGUUUCCAGUUGACCAGUUUAACUGUAAGAAAUUUGGCUCAACAUAACUCACUAGUAUUCUAGACCACAUCUGGAAACUCUUUAUUGUCAUUAUUGAACCAUUUUCAGAGGCUUCGCAAUCAUUUUUGGCUAUUUCAACAGUGUAAAUGUUCUUUUCCGGUGCUGUCAGCUCAGUAUUUGAUAUAGAAUUAUGUCUAAUUUUUUGUUUGUCCGUUUUUAAUCUGUAUCAUACGCUCAUUUGUUUGCUUUCAAUUUGGACUGUCGUCUUUCUACUUUUUUACUAUUAAUUUGUAGGCUUUAAUUUCCUACCCUCUAUCUAAUAUGCCUCAUCUUUACUAAGUCCACUCAUAGAACAGUCAAAGUUGUGAAUUAAGUUCAAAUAAAUAUGAGAUAUAUGGGAUUAUAUUUUUCAAAAGUGAUGGCAAAAAUACAUUCAGCCCAUAAGGCUGCAGAUUAAAAUGAAUCUGCCUCUGUGAAACUCCUCCAUUGGAAAACCAAGUGAAUACUACCGUAUUUUCCGGACUAUAAGUCACACUUUUUUUUCAUAGUUUGGCUGGUCCUGCGACUUAUAGUCAGGUGCGACUUAUUUAUCAAAAUUAAUUUGACACGAACCAAGAGAAAUGAACUAAAACAAAUGAACCAAUAGAAAACAUGACCGUCUCCAGCCGCAAGAGUGGGCUCUGUGCUGUGCUCAGUGUUCCUGUAGCCUACACUGAAAACAUAGAGCGCCCUCUCGCGGCUGUAGACGGUAAUGUUUUCUCUUGGUUCUAAAUAAAUGCGACUUAUAGUGCAGUGCGACUUAUAUAUGUUUUUUUCCCUCAUCAUGACGUAUUUUUGGACUGAUGCGACUUAUACUCAGGUGCCACUUAUAGUCCGAAAAAUACGGUAGGUCUCUUGGACAAAUAACUACUUAGAGAAGAUCUCCUUUAAGGAAAGACAAAAUUGGACCGUUCUCUUUGACAAGAUUUCAAACAGCUAUGCUAGAUGUCGUUUCAGAAGGAUGUGUGUUUGAUAAUGGUUCUUUUUAGUUGACAGUAUUACAACUAAUGUAUGUUCUCAGUUUUAAAGGUGCUGUAAGUUUUUGACUCUACUAAAACAUAAAAUACCAUUUGUUUGCAGAUAUUUAUGAAAGUUAACUUGCUUGUUUAUCUGAAAAUAAAAUGCUACAGUAAGUUAUUCUCCUUUAGAAAAUGUGUGUUCCGGGUCGGAAUGUUGAUCUUUGUUUUGGUUUGUGAAACACCCACUGCUAGUUUACCCAAUUGUAUUCAUUGUAUUAAUUUCAUUCAUCUGAAGUGCGCUUGUUCCUGUUUGUGUUGUCAAUCUGGCAACCUGCAUGUGCUUGAAGUGUGAGGAAGGGGGGCCAAAUAAUAAAAUAACAAAAACCCUCUCCAAUAUUUUGAAUUUGGACUGCAAUUCCUAAUGUCAAUCCUACAUACAGCACCUUUAAUAACUUUAUUUUACUUUAGUUUUUCUCAAAUGGCGUAUCGAAUGCUUUCAAUGGUACCUAGGCACUUCUUGCUAUGUAUUCAGAAUAGUUUGGAAAUGGACAUAUGUAUUCAGAAUAGUUUGGAAAUGGACAAUGACUGAUAAUCUUUAUAAAAAAAAUAUGAAUGUAUUAGUUUUAUUUUUUCUUCUUUUCAUUUUCUACUUGUGGCUGCAGUAAUGCCACUCAUUCACUGGGUUUGUAGCUUUGGCAAGGUUUUAUUUCAUGCAACAGCCUUGAAUUUAACUCUGAACCCCUCAAAAUCAUUGGAUGUGCUCUUCUUGCCUUAAGUUUAAUUGGCACAUUAAAAAUAAAGUCAGAUUGGUCCGGUAUAACUAAUCAAAGUUGAAGACAAUGUGUAUAUUUUAUUAUUAUUUUUAAUCAUGAAAACACAAAAAAAUCGUAAUGUAAAGUGUUUUUAUUGGUUUUCUUAUAUGUAGGAUGCUUUUAAUUAUGGUUUGAUUUUAUUCAUUAUAGCACUGUAUUGCAUUACAUGUUUCUUGUGACUAUUACUUAUCUUGUCUCAAAGAUGAUUUCUGUUACAGUUCCUCUUCAUCAGUUCCUCCAGCAGAGCCCAGUAAAUAAAACUGAGCUUCACGAUGCAGACAGAGAUAUAAAGAUACAUAGGAUAUAUAAUUACAGAUAUAAAUGUAUAUUCACUACUUAUAAGUCAACUCUGUCUUGGGUCUAAGUAUUUUGGUUCUUUUUUAUGAGCGAGAGAGAACAUUUGUGUAUUGCAUGCCAAUUUACAGUAUAUUUCUUAAACUUUUUGAGCAGUUUAUAACAUGUAAAUGUCAUUCUUUAGAGUAAAAUUUUAAAAUUGGUAGUACUGCAUAUGUUAAGGUCAAGUUAAAGCAAGUUACAAGUAUGUUUUGGCACAGACUUGCGUGGUAAUAUCUGAUGUAUAAGCUAAUCUGAGAUUUGGACAUGAGACCCUCGUUUUUUCAUAAAUAAAUCACAAAAACCCA